GUGAAGCCCAGGCCCCGACACCAGCUCGGAGUGACAGUCGGACAGCAAUGGUGCUGCUUCUGCCGCAGGGGCCGGGCUGCUUCCUGAAUCUCCUGCUCCUUGUGCUGGAGUGCGGUUGGGCUCGAGCCGCUGGUGUAAAAGAAUUGCCUUGAAUAAAACUGUUUGCUACUCGGGUGUAGCUGUGUUUAAUUUGGCCUGACUCUUGAAAAACCACAUAGCCUAAGUGACAAGAGCACAAACCUUCCAUCUCUUCAGCUAUUCCCUGUGGGGUAGUUCUAUACAUAAGCAAUGCUGAGGCUAAUUGUUGGUCGAACCUACGUAUCUGAAUAUUACGCUCAAGCUCCUCAAAAACUUUCCUUGUACAGCUGGUACGGAAAUGCACGUAUGUUUGUCUUCCGAGUGCCAGAAAAUACUGUGCUGCUGAGGUGGAUUUUGCAAGCCUCGAAAGGAAAGGGGCCAGAGUGCCAAAAUACUAAUAUCACUGUCCAUUUUCGGGCAAGCGCCCCACCAAUAAUUAAUCCGUUACAAACCAAGUUUGGAAUAAAUACAGUUGCUCUUCCUUCAUUCAACCUCAGCAUCCCACUGAUGUCCAAAGUCCAGAGUAAUACUUUUUUAAAUAUUUCCAACCCUGUUUCGGGUGACUGGUUUGUAGCUGCACACCUACCAAAAGAUGAUGGUAAAAUUGAAGUAAAGGGCUUCACGACUAAGUGCUCCUACAUAUUUCAGCCUCAGAUGCUUGUUCAGCGAUUGAUUAAUGUGCCUGUUCUUGAACCAAAUAAUUCACUUGGGCUGAUUCUUUCUCCCAUUGAUCAGGUUUCACACUUGAAAAUUUUUGUUCCUGAACACACUGUGGAACUGGUCAUUCAUCUUAAAAACUGUGCUGUCAGCAACCGGCCCGUAGAGCCUUGCCCUGUCCUCCUUUUAAUAGGAUCAAAUGCAUUACCUAACUCUCACGUGAAGAUUGUAAAUUGCAGUGAAAGUGUAGUAUGCAGAAAAACACUGGAUUCUCCACCAUGGAUGAAAUGGUUGCAACUUGCUGUUGAAAGUAUCAACAUUAACUGGAUCAUCUCCUUUGAGAUUGAAGCUUAUUUAACAGUAUGUAUACCUGUCGAUGCUGGAUCCCUUCUUGCAAUGUUUAAUAACUUCACUCUGUCAAGCAAUGGCACAGUAAUGAAGGACCUGGAUAUGUUGGGAGUAUACAUAAAACCAAAUAAAACUGAACACAGUAACAGUGGCAAAUCAUGUUUUCGUAAUCAACCGGUCCUUCGAGAAGCUGUGGAUGUUGUUUCUGUGAGAUUUUUUGUUUUGAAUGGACCGGAUGUAUCAGUCACCUCUGAAUACCCGACAAUUCUUCUGCUGAACUUGAAUACAGGAAGGGACAAUGGUGGAACCAUCAUGUUGAAUUUACAGUUAAAUAAGACUUCAUUAUCCAAUGAAAAUGCAACCGUGUUUGCCUGUUUAAGUGCUGGGUCUCCUGUGAUGUCCCUAGAUGUCAAUUCCACAAGCUGCAGAGAAGCUUUAUCUUGGGGAUACCUGCUUAAAAUGAAUUCAUCAAUAUUAUCAAGAUCCCUCCAUGUUCCUUAUCCAGAAACUGACCGUUGGUACCUCACCUUGCAAAUCCUGUGCCCCAAUGAUAAAGGCAAUCAAACCUGUGGAAAGGUUUCUGCUCGGGUAAUUAUAUCAACUGUUUUGAGCCCCUGUAUUGAGGAUUGUGGUGUUUAUGGAGAGUGCAGACUUCUUCAAACUCAUGGAUAUCUUUAUGCUGCAUGUGUUUGCAAAGCAGGCUGGAAUGGAUGGAGCUGUACAGAUGAUACCAAUGCCCAGUCAUACAGACGGCAAUUACUGGCAACGCUCUUGUUAACCUUGAGUAAUCUCAUGUUCAUCCCACCGAUUGUGAUUGCUAUACAUCGCUGUUAUUUUGUAGAGGCUUCUGUGUAUCUCUUCACCAUGUUUUUCUCAACGUUUUAUCAUGCAUGUGAUCAACCAGGAAUUGCUGUCAUGUGCAUUAUGGAAUAUGAUACACUUCAAUACUGUGAUUUCCUUGGCUCAGUUGUAUCUGUGUGGGUUACAAUUCUGUGUAUGGCGAGGUUAAAAUCUCUCCUUAAAUAUGUAUUUUUUAUCCUUGGCUCCUUAUUGAUUGCCAUGUCAAUGCAACUAGACCGCCGUGGUCUUUGGAACUUAGUGGGUCCGUGCCUUGUUGCUCUGUUCAUCAUGGUAGUUGCAUGGGUGUCUCGUGGCGUGAAACGCCGACACUGCUAUCCUCCAACGUGGAAGCGCUGGAUGUUUUUCUUAUUGCCAGGAAUAAGUGCAGCACUAAUUGCUAUUGCCGUUUAUGGUUUUCUGGAAACGAAGGAGAACUAUUAUUACACACACAGCAUUUGGCAUUUUCUUGUAGCUGGAAGUGUGAUUUUUUUGUUACCACCAGGUAAAAAGCACAUAAGCCCGUGGAUCUGGACGCAGAAAUUUACAUGUGGAUACCAGCUUUGCUCUGAUGUAAAAGAAGACUUGUACGUUGUUUGUUAAAUUGAACCAGUUUAGCUAGAUUUACUUAAUCUGAGUAAACAGAUUAUUUUUAUAUAAAUAAUAUAUAUAGAUAUAUAUAUAUAUCCCCCUUGGAGGAAUGUAUUCUUGAAUUUUCAGCUAUUAUAAUUUAAUGGCAGUGAUAAAAGAAAUAGCAAUUGUGAAAUGUAUUUUGAACAUCUGUAAAAAUGACAGUCAUUUACUUCUAUUGCGUUGACUAAGAUUUUCUUUACUGAGGGAUGCGCAGAGAUUUUUAUAACACAAUAAAUGGGCAUUAGAUUUUUUUAAAAGUAAUUAAUGCACUUAAUUGGUCUAUAAUUAUGAUCAAGACAAGAUAGCCAACUUGAUCUUAAUUUUAGGCCCAUAACUUCCGAUCUCAGAUCUACCCAGGAAGAUGCACACAUAAGGACUGCAUAGGAAUUUCACAGGAAGUUCAAACUUCCGAUGAGCAAUUACCCUGCACUGCAUGGGAACCAUCCGAUAUUGAUUUGGAUCAGAGACUUGGAUGGUUCCAACUGUCUUACCAGAAUAGUUACCCAGGAAAAGUUAGAAAAAUUAAAACCACUUCUAACUGCUGGGUGGCUGUGGUAUUGACUCUCUUCCACCCACGAACUCCCCAUGGGAUUCCCUGACCAAACCCCAACCACCCUGUGAUAACCCUCCCCCCGCACCCCCCCUGAUUAUCCAACCCCCCCAAUGAUCGUCCAAUGAACAUUCCCCCACUUGACCAUCUAAGCCACUCACCAUACACACUUAGCUUCUCCCCGGCUUCUCAAAGUGGCUGGGACCUUUAUACUUACCUGCAUUAUGACAGCUAGUGCUGUAAAAAAAAAGGGUGUGUCUUUUUCCCCCCUGACCCUGCUGGCCUGCUCUGAAAGCCCCGGGAACCUGCUGCAUUGCGCAUUUCUCACCUGGCCCAAGUGGGAAGGUAGGGUGAGAAAGGUGCAGCUGCAUUUUAGUGUAAGUAAAAAGGAGUGGAGUGGAGUGGCAAUCCGACUGUGAUUGUCACUCCUUGGAAGUUCUGGCCUUAGUUUCUGUUAUUCAAACUAGAGGAAGAUAGAAUCAUAGCGUGGUUGCGGCACAGAAGAGAGAUCAUUUGGUCCAACUUUGUGGCCAAUCUAAAAGUUUUCUUUUCAGUAACCAAAAUAGCUGUGUACUGAAAAUUUUAUAAUACGUAGUUUAAAAGACAACUGCAUUCAAGUUAUAGCCAAUAGUUUAUUACCCUAAUUAAUAAGCAAGCUAGUUCUCCCUAUUCACCAAAGUAUUGACAGUGAUGAUUUUGGAUUCAGUGCCAAGCUUGGUGGUGGUUUAUUCUUCAAUUUAGCCCAUCAGUUGGGGUACAAAAGGACCUGAUGCAAUUGAAACUUAUUUGCAUGAAUUUUUUUUCUCUGAUGGCUCUCUGGCUGAAUUUUCUCUGGAGUAAGGCUUAGUUGCAAACAGACUAAGAAUGCCCCAGGUUUGAUGCUGAUGUGUAUUGAGUGAGCUGAACUGGCAGUAGACUGCCACAAUUGACCUCCAUGCCUCACGAUCCCUGAAAAGUAUGUGUAUUGCUGAUGAGGAUUGAUUGAGCUAGGGUUAAGCACCUCUGACAGCCUGUGUUUUGGUGUGUAGUCCCAGAAAUACUAGAAAUACUCAGGUAAGGCAGCAUCUGUGGAGAGAGAAACAGAAUAACGUUUCAGGUUAAUAACCUUUUAUUUCAAAAUUCCAGAAUUCAUAGUAUUUUGAUUUUGUGUUUAUACAUAGUCACUUGACAGAGUUAUCAGGGAGUUGCUGUCUAUGGAACAAAGUAACCUGCAGUAUAGGCUGGGAGAAAAUUACAUGCUGCGGAGGGGGAGGAACAAGUUCAAUUGCAUGUACUAUUUUGCUUUUAUUUUUAAUGGGAACAGCAUAUGAGAUCUGAUAAAAGUAACAGAAGUUUUAAAAAGUCACUUAGGACUUACUUGGACACAACUGCAAAUGUGAGGAAUUUUCAAGAGAUGUUUCGGUUUUUGACAUAGUAGAUUGCCAACAUAAAUAAGAACCUCACAACUGAUUUGUGCAUAUUCAAAUUCUAAUUAGGGAACCACUGUCAUACUGUUAACUUUAUCAUGUUAAUAGUGCUUAACUAAAAUAUUGCUCAGAAUUGAGUAUUAAAGACAAACAAAAUUGUUAAUUAACAGACAAUAGGGUAAAUUGGGGAAAUUCAGUCCUAUUAUCUGAGUAGCUAAAUGUGCAUGCUUACAUGUCAUUACAAUAACUCUUACUAAAUGUUUAUCACCAAAAUAUACAGGUGACUUUUUGAUAAUUAACUUCUUGAAGGGCUGGAAUCCAAGACUGCUGCUGAAAAACCUUAUUUUCUCCAUAAUAGUUUUUAAGACCAUCUUCUAUAUCUGGGAUUUUCUUCCUUUUUAGGCUCUGGUAUAUGAUCUCUUUUUUUCUUUUAGCAGAAAAUCAGUACUUAACCAGUUUGAUCCCAUGAUACAGUUGUUGCAGAGCGAGUGUUCUGUAAGAUAAUUGUUUUGCUCUACACCAUUUUAGCAUUCCCAUUCUUUUGAAUUGUGCGUGUAAACAGGUGAAAAUUUGCCCUGGUUUGUCUCAGGGAAGGUACUAAAUCCUUACAUGGUAUAUUUGCAAAUACCAAUUUGUAAAUGAAAACUUUAUGGGGUAUAACUGGGCCUUUCAGCUAAAUUGUCUGCAUCUGAGUUGGAGGAAAGGAUGCUCAAGACUUCUGAUUUGAAGUACAUGUGCUGAAAUAAAAUAUUGAAACUAAUCUCAGGAUAAAACUUACCAGUUCUCCAGUAUAGCCAUAUUAUUUUUUCUUCUAGUGAUGCAGAAAUUAUUUUUUCCCUCUACUGCCAAUGCACUCAAUGUUAGUGUAUAUCUGUUAAGGUUGUUGGCAUUCUUAAUGCUUUAUGUCCAAAAAUAAAACCUUUCUCUGGUACCAUUCUCCUAUUUAGGAGUGGAAAAUGCCCUAUGUUCCUUCAAAGUACCAUGCAGCUUUAAAAAAAAAUGCACAGAGCAUUUCUCCAAUUACUGUCUCCUUAUAAGGCUUACUAUUUAUUGGAAAUGAUUUCAGUUCCUGACACAUUUUUCUUCACCUCAAGCCUUUUUCUAUUCAUUGGUGAGUAUCAAUGAAAUAUUCUAAAAUAAUCGUUUUCCUUAAAAAUGUUCAGUCUAUAACAUUUAAUUAAAUCAAUACAAUCCAGGUUAAUUCCAUUGUCACAUACACACUCGAUCCUUUUCACCAGCUUCUAUAUUCCUGUAGCAUAGUUCAUGGUGUCAUGGUAGCUCACCUUUCUUUCCUGAACCAUUCUUUAAACUUUUUUUUAAAUCACCAGCUUCGAAAUAACAUCAUAGUGCUUCAGAUUAUUUAAUUGUCUCAUAAAUUCACAGAAUGAAUAGAUAAUUUUUAAAAAGAAACUUGAAAUAUUGAGUUUUACUGUGGUUUUUAUAUUGGUUUUAUUUGUUUCAGUAAUUAUUCUAGUUGAUCUUUUAAAUUAAAGACAGACCAAUAUGUUGUAAGGACUACGAACUAGCGUUUAGAAGCAGGAUUGCAGAAGUUGCUACUUUUUAUAAAGCAUGAAGAAAAACCCAGCUUUUAAAAAGAAAAAUCUGUGGAAACCAUGUGUUUCCUGUGUCACAAUGAUAUUUUGUAUAUAUAUAUAAUAGUAAAGAUUCUAUGUACUACAAAUUGUGGGUGGGAAAGAUUUCUUAUUGGGCUGUUUUAAUUUAUUCUGAUAUACAAUACUGUUAUAUAUUUUGUUACAUUAAAAGAAAUGGGAUGCAUAUUUCGCUGUGCACAUUUAGGUUGCCUCUAAUGGGAUUUUAUAUUUUGGAGUAAUUUAUUUAAAUUUAUAAUUGUGCAUGGACAUAGUUUAAUGAUGGGAGCUUUGUAUCAUGUAAUUGAUAAUAUGAAAUGCUAGCUUGUAAUAAAUCUUAUUUUGAAA